GCCGCUACUGCCCUGCUCCAUCAUGUACGCCUUCGUGCGAUUCCUGGAGGAUAACGUGUGCUAUGCGCUGCCCGUGUCGUGCGUGCAGGAUUUCAGCCCCAAAACCCGGCUCGACUUCGACAACCAGAAGGUCUACACCGUCUACCGCAGCCCGGCCCACGACCCCGAGGACGGCGACGAGAGCCCCGGCGAGUGGGGGGAGCGGCCGCCGCUGCACAAGGCCCAGAUCCUGGCGCUGGCAGAAGAUAAAACUGACCUUGAAAACAGUGUGAUGCAGAAGAAAAUUAAAAUCCCCAAGCUCUCUCUCAAUCACCUAGAAGAAACAGGGGAAAUUACAGAUUAUGGGGAUGAAGAUAUGGAACUUAGACACUGUAAGAGACAAGAUGGGAGGAAGCAAAAUGAAGGUACGCACAAAAGUAUUGAAGCAGUUGUUGCGCGCCUUGAAAAGCAAAAUGGAAUGAGUCUCAGUAGCAAUUCAAGUCCUGAGGCAACAUUUAUGGAAACUUCAGAAAGGAUGAACAAUAUGGAUGAUGCUGUAGUUCCUCGAGUUCUUUAUGAAGAAUUGCUGAGAAGCUAUCAACAACAGCAGGAAGAAAUGAGACACAUUCAACAAGAACUUGAGAGAACAAGAAGGCAGCUUGUUCAACAAGCAAAAAAGCUAAAGGAGUAUGGGACAUUAGUGUCAGAAAUGAAGGAGCUCAGAGACUUGAACAGACGGCUACAGGAUGUACUGCUUCUCAGACUAGGCAGUGGUCCUGCCCUAGAACUUGAAAAAGUUGCACCUGAAUCCAUUGAGCCUGAGCCUGAAGUACAGACCUCUUUCAGUGAGGAAGCUAACACAUCAACCUACUAUCCUGCUGCUGUUCCAGUAAUGGACAAAUAUAUUCUUGAGAACGGAAAGGUCCAUCUUGGCAGUGGCAUCUGGGUAGAUGAGGAGAAAUGGCACCAGCUGCAAGUAACGCAAGGAGAUUCAAAGUAUACAAAAAACUUAGCGGUUAUGAUCUGGGGAACAGAUGUUCUCAAGAACAGAAGUGUUACAGGAGUUGCAACCAAAAAAAAGAAAGACGCCGUUCCCAAACCACCUCUGUCACCUCAUAAAUUAAGCAUCGUCAGAGAAUGUUUGUAUGACAGGAUAGCACAAGAAACUGUGGACGAAACUGAAAUUGCACAGAGACUCUCCAAAGUCAACAAGUACAUUUGUGAAAAAAUCAUGGAUAUCAAUAAAUCAUGUAAAAAUGAAGAAAGGAGAGAAGCAAAAUAUAAUUUGCAAUAAAUUUUUAAUUUUUAAUAAAGUGUUAGUGUUUUACUCUGGUGGUGGUGGUUUUGAUUUCAUGGUGUUCAUGCUGAUGGGCUAAACUGACCUUUUAGUGUGAAUUGUAUUAUGAAAUAUUGGCUUAUUUUUAAACAGUUUUAAGAAACGACGUAGCUGCUUAUAGCAGCAAAACUCCUUUAAUGGUAAAAUAGCAUCAAAUUCCCUAGUGGUACCAAGGAAAAUGAUGUGCUGAUUGUGAGCCUAUAGCUGACCGUUCUCCAAGUCCCAGAUCUAUUGACAUCCUAUUGAAGUUACUGGGAUUGUUUUGCAGGCUGUCUG